AUUCUUGUAUUAGGAAAAAACUAUUUUGUUUCAGUACAUGUUCAUCUUGUGUAAUAUAAACCAGCAUAUAUGUUCGAGUUUCGUGUUGUGGCUGAGAUCUUUCCUGUAACCGAUGGUGACCUGUGGUCUCUUUGUGUACUGUUGAAGGGAAGUGGGUUUUGGGUCAUUAAUCUGGUGGUGUUUGAGUUUUGGGAAUAUCUGACGUGGGGGUGGAUACGUCCGAGAAGGGCUAAAGAUUAACUCCUGAUAAAUGAUCAGACUUUGGUUCUCAACGAUCCGUUCAGAGAAGUGUUUGUCAACGUUUGUGUAAACAACUUUGUGUCGACGUGAUGGAGAAAAUAAAUCCUCGUUUGCAAAUCUACGUUGUUUGAGUUGAAUAUAACGGGCUGAUAUUUUGUGCUGAAUGACAGCGGUUUUGUGAUUGGUGAUAAGUUUUGAAGAAGACACCAUUCCCAAAAUGUCGAAGGCACCGAAUUCUCCGUCUCGGUCCAGAUCGAGGUCUCGGUCCAGAUCGAGGUCGUAUUCGCGAUCUCGUUCCAGCAGCCGCUCACGAUCAAGAUCCAGGAAGCAUCGCUACAGCUCCAGAUCUCGCUCCCGUUCCCCUAGUCGGGACCGAAACUACCCAUCCAGAGAUUUUCAAGGCAACCGGGGGUACAAUCGUGGUUUCCGUGGUUACCGGAGACCCUUCUAUUACAACCGUGGCCGAGGGCGUGGUUAUUAUCCACGUGGCUACCACCGAGGAGGCGGCGGCGGUGGUGGUGGCGGAGGAGGUGGUGGAGGCGGCGGUUAUGGUUAUCGCUCCAACAACUGGCACGGAGGCUACCGUGACCAGCAGCAGUCCCACGAACAUCACAGCCCCAAAAGAGGACGCUCUCGCUCCAGAACACCCCGCAAGCGUUCCAGGAGCCUCAGCCGCUCCCAUUAUUCUGGCAAAUCCUCUUCUCGAUCUCGCCACUCUAGCUCAUCUUCACGAUCCCCGACCCCGCGGCGCCGCAGCUCCGGCAAAGCUGCCUCUAAAGAGUCAAAGAGUAAGAGCUCACCGAAUGAAGGAAAACCCAAUAGUAAAGAAGCAGAGCCCAAAUCCUCUGUGUCCAUUUCUGAGGAGCCGGCGAGCAAAUGGGAGAACUUGAGUGACUACACCACCAGUCCUAAAACCUCUAAUCCCGAGCCAACAUCUACACUAGGCACUCAACCUGAGGUUAAAGUCUCAAUUUCUGGGACAACAGGUAAUGGUGCCUCUGCUUGGAGAAGCAUUAGUGGACCAGAAACCAAGAGUCCUCCAAAGCCAACACCGCCGUCAACUGGUUUUGGCUUCUUCUCCAAAGAAGACAUGAAGGCAGGAGAGAAAGCGGCUAUUUCCACAGCGUUCAAAAAGUUUCUGGCAGAGAAGAAAAAAACCUCGGCCGACUGGGAUGACAAUCAGGGCGAAGAACUGAAUACCAGCGAUACUGAAAAGGAGAAGAGUAGCCGAAAACAAAAAGGCGUUUUCGAACUGGAUCCGGUUUAUGUUGAUUCCAAGGCCGAUAAAGGACUUCCUUUUCUGGACGAGGAAGAAGAGGAGUACGCAAAAAUCCUGAAAGAGAGAAAAGCUGAGGAGGAAACAAAGUACAAGACCAAACCCACUCUGUCAGCCAGGGAACUGUUUGAAGAGCGCUUUGGGAAGUGGGAUGACGACUACGUGUCCAACAAAGAUCCUGCGCAACGGGAGGACGAGAUGGAGGAGGAGGAAGAACACGUGAUGGAAGAGCUUUACAAAAGCCGCAAGCAGGCCGCACGCAAAGAAGAGAAGGCUGCCAAGAAGAAGGAGAAGAAGAAGAACCGCGUGAGUCCGACAUCUCCUUCUCCUUCCAGAAAUGCUGAGCGUACCAAGCCCCUGUUUCCUUCAGCCAGGGAGUCUUCACCUCCUGCCAGACCGUCUAAGAAGAAAGAGCCUGAAUUUAAUUUCAGUCUGAAAGCAUUUAACGAUGAAGCAGAGAGCUCAACUGGUGCUUUAGCCAAAGAAAGACGUUUGUCUCAGGAUCUGAUAUACCCUGUUAAGAAAGAGCAUGAGGAGUUCCGCUCCAUUUUCCAGCACAUUCAAGCGGCUCAGCUUCGCCGUAGCCCAUCUGAACUGUUCGCUCAGCACAUAGUCACCAUCGUCCAUCACAUCAAAGCUCAGCACUUUCGCUCGUCCGGAAUGUCUCUGAACGAGCGGUUCGGCAUGUACCAAAGAAAAGCCGCACAGAUGGAAAUGAUGAGGCAACGAAAGAGUCCCGAGAUCCACAGGAGAAUUGAUGUGUCUCCCAGUGCUUUUAAGAAGCACACUCGUCUGUUUGAGGAUAUGGACGAGAACGACUACAAGGAUUAUGGUAAAAAAUACGAAGGAGAGUCAAUGGACCUGCGUUUGGAUAUUGAGCGACGUAAAAAAUAUCCCAAGCGUGAGGGGGGCAAAGAAUCAGCAGGAUCACGCACCCCCAGCCGAGAACUCUCCUCUGAGAAGUCCUCAAAACACAAGAAGUCCAAGAAAAGCAAGAAGAAGCGUGAGCGUUCUCCUUCCUCCUCCUCCUCAUCUUCCUCUCCUUCGCCCCAAGCUUACCGUUCCAGAGAGUACCACGGCGAGGAGAUGGAACAAAUGGAUAAAGGGGGCUUUGAUAAGUCCCGCCUGGGGCCACGAGAGUACCCCCGGGACUAUGAAGGGGGCCACAUGGAGAGAGGAGGCCACGAGAGAGGAAGAGGAGGGUAUGAGCGUGGAGGAUUCGACCGUACGGGUUACGAUAGAGGACGUGGGGGAUACGACAGGGGAUUUCCUAGAAUAAGAGGUAGAGGAUGGAACAGGGGAAAUUACCCCAACAACAACAACAACAAUGGAAACCCUGCGAAUAUUGGUGGGCCGGUACGCCCCCAGGAGGAGGAGUGGGACCCUGAAUAUACCCCUAAAAGCAGGAAGUACUACCAGAUGUCUCAGCACGAUGACCGUGACCGUGAAGGUGAGAUGAAGUGGGCAGACGGGCGCGGUCGUGGGCGUGGCAUGUAUCCGCGCAGCAGAGGUUCCUUCACCAUACGUCGAGGCGCUGCUACCGGGGGUAGUAGUGGCAGCCCAAAGUGGACCCACGACAUGUUCCAGGGAGCCACGGAGGAAGGAGAGCUGCCUGACGAUGGCAUUGAGCACGGCCUCAAAGAUGAUGAGAAAGCACCCGAGAGCUCCGCCUCUAAACCGUAGACCACGCCCACUCAUCUUUCUUUUUGUGAGCUUUUUUUUUUUUUUUUUUUUUUUAGUUAAUUCACCACUGCAGUCCCCAAACGCAGGUGUGUCGUUCAGAUAAAGUGUACAGCGAUGUUCACACGAGCCGCUCCCACUUUAUUCUGUCACGUGUUUAGAACAAAAUGCUUUCUAGUUAUUUUUGAUUUUUUUUUUUUUAACACUCGUUUUAAUCGUAGCAGCUACGGUCUACAUAAGUCUAACUGGAAUGAGCAGGAUGCUGUGAUUUUGUGUGUGUGCAUGUACAUGACCCAUAUUUUUGUUCUUUGAUUUUUAUUUUAAAACGUGCAAUGGAAAUGCGCACUUGUGCCUUAGAGACGGGAACUGCAGUGAAGUGGUUUUGUGUUGUUGUUUUUUUUGUUGUGCUCAAUCUGUCCAUUCCCUUUUCCGUCUAUCUUCCAGAACACCCUUCGUCGUCGUCCCACCACCCCCCACACAUUUCUGUGCGUACCGAGACGUGGGUGUGUUGUCAAAUGUCUGACUUAUUUUAAACCGGUCUUCGUCUCGCCAUGUUUAAAGUUAAUUGCCGAGCUGCUUCCCAUCUGGAACGGUUCCACUGUGUAUUUUUAAUGAUUUGUGACUAAUCACUCAUCGAGAGUUCAAAACUAUAGUGCGAUUAUUUUCAGUCAUUCCCCGAAACCCCUUUUUGUUCAAUUGUAAAUGAUUGUAAUGGCUUAUAGGUUUUUUUUGUUUGUUUUUUUAAUAAUGCUUUAAAGAAAUGCAACUUCAACAGGUUUUAUUCAGAAGGAAAAAAAAAAACCAUGGGUGAGGGAUAUUGUAGGUGGGGGUUGGAGGAAUAAAACCAUGCGUUGUUUUUUUCCUAAAGAAAUAAACAGCAGCAUCUACGUAAUUGUAGAGUAUUAGACCGCAAAGACACCAUUGAGCUGCUACAGCUUUUGUAAAAUGAGCCACACUGGUAGAACCUUGAUAGAUCUGUAGACUCUCCUCCACCCGUUUCAUUUGCUGUGACGCAUCUAUAAAGAUGCUUUGUUACGUUUGUAUCGUUUCGCCAACGCUGUUGUUUCUGUCUUUCCUAAUUUCCGUUUCAAUAAAGAAAAAAAAAAAAGAAUAAAAAAA